UGAUGAAGAUGAAUCACAUUAUUCUUUUUUUUGUUGCUCUUCUUUCAUCAUACCUCCCAAAUGCUACUUCUGCUAACAAUGAUUUCUGCGUAGCAGAUUUAUCACUUCCAAAAACUCCUUUAGGGUAUCAAUGCAAGUCAGAAAAAGAUGUAACAGUCAAUGAUUUCGUCUUCUCUGGCUAUGUAGCUGGAAAUGCAACAAAACCUUUUAAUACUGGAACAACCUUUGUAAAUGUAGAUAAAUUACCUGGUCUUAAUGGCCUUGGUAUCGCUACAUUGAGAGGGGACAUUGGUAUAAAUGGAACAGUACCAUUGCACUCUCAUCCUGAUGCAACUGAAUUGGUUAUCAUUGUUGAAGGUCAAGUGAAUGUUGGAUUUAUCACUCCAACAAAAGUAUUUUUGAAGGAUUCUAAACCUGGUGAUGUUAUAGCUAUUCCAAAAGGACAGUUGCAUUUUCUAGCAAAUUCUGGUGCUGGAAAGGCUAUUUUUUUUGCAGCUUUUAGUAGCUCAGAUCCUAGCACCCACGUACUUGAUUUGGUAUUAUUUGGCAACGAUUUAUCAACUUCUGUACUUUCAAAGACAACACUACUUGAUGUAGCUCAAAUUCAGAAGCUUAAGGCCGCGUUUGGUGGCAAAAACUAG